AUGGGAAAUAAACCGACAAGUCAAAUUGAACUCAGUCAAAGAAAAAGCAUAAUUAACACCAAGCAUCCUAAAUUUAAUAACCCUAAGAGUGUCUGUAGUUAUGUCUUUGGUAUACUUGAACUCAUAAGUGGCAUAAAACUUUAUGUCACAGUACCAUCAAUUCCUCGUGUGGCUACUGAUGGGUGCGAUGGAAUGAGAUCCUUGGUGGUUGAGUCACGGAGCAGCAGCAGUGGGGAUGGAGAGAGAUCCCUAGUGGUUGAAUCAUGGAGCAGCAGCAGCGACGACGAUGAGUAA